AUGUCAAUUCCAGGGUUUGCUGGAAAUCUAGACCCCAAUGAGCCCGGUUCAGAGCUUAAGGUCACCGAAGUUAAAGUCCCCGCUCUUUCAGAAUGGCGUUUUGAGGUCCCCUUCAAAUGUAUCAUGAAACUCAAAGUCACUGAAGGUAUAGCAGAGAUUUUUGGCACAGAACUCCCGUCUGGCGUUGACGUCAGGCUUACAGGUGUCAAGGUUGCCGUUUAUGCUCCUACAAGUGGAUGCUCCCUCGAAUACACCUUGUCUAUCAACAAGGAAAACAUCAACAUCUCCAAUGAAGAUGCCUCCAUCAGUGAAUACACCUCUGAUGAGCUGGUCAUGCCAAACCACCAGAACUUCCAUUUUGCUCUUGAACUUUUACGUCAGGAAGCAGCAGCAUCGCUGAAAAGGGGGCCCAAGGUGCUCAUUUUGGGUAACAAGCAGAGUGGAAAGACUGCAUUGGCAAAGACUCUCGUAUCCUAUGCGGUGAAAAUGGACCACAUGCCGCUUUUAAUUAAUUUGAAUCCUCAGGAUGGUGUUUUUUCGGUUCCAGGAUCACUUACGGCCGCUGCUAUUUCUGAUAAUCUCGACCUAGAGAGCGCCGGUGGUUGGGGUGGAUCGACUACACUGGGAGCUACUUUCCAUAAUCCAAAGCAGCCGCUUGUGAAAAACUACGGAUAUGACAACAUUGAGGAGAAUUUGGAAUUGUUCAAGUACCAGGUCUCACAGCUCGGUGUGGCUGCUCUUUCCAGAAUGGAGGAAGACCCCAAGGUGAGAUCCAGUGGUUUCGUCAUCGACACGCCUGCUUUGAACAUCAAGGACGUUGUUGUUAUUGAAAACAUUCUCUCUGAUUUUGAGGUGGAUCUUGUCGUGGUCGUGGGUAACGAGAGACUCACUGUGGAUUUGAAGAGGAAGUUCCAGCAUAGAAUCGAAAAGAACCUGCUAAAUAUCAUCAAGAUGCCCCUCUCUGGUGGUGUUGCUGAAGUCAACGAUUCGUUCAUCAGAAAAGUACAGGAAGAAACCAUCAAAGAGUACUUCAACGGUAAUUACAAGACGAGAUUGUCGCCCUACAAGACAGACGUUGACCUCACUACUUUCCAGGUAUACAAAGUUGUCAAAAUUGCUGAGUUCAACUCUCAAAUGGCAUUUUUGCCCUCUGGUGACGACUAUGCUCCCGAGGAGUCUGGCGAGCCCGAUGUGAAGAAAGAGGAGAGCUCCCUAGACAAAUACUACGUCAAGCUCGAUGAGCCUCUGAGUUCCAACUUGGAAAACUCCGUUGUCGCUAUAACCAACGUGCCUAUACCAUCUGCUUCAGGAAAGCUUUCGCCUCGUGAUUUGCUCAACUGUAGUAUACUUGGGUAUGCACAUGUCUCGAGAGUGGACGACACCAAGAAGCGUAUGUCGCUUUUGUUGCCAUUCCCUGGCCAGAUUCCACACAAUAUCAUCAUUGCCACUGGUAUUGGUUACACUGAGUAA